GUCGUCGUGGAGGAGACCGGCUCCUGUCGGGGGGGCAGGAGAAGGAAUGAGAUCAGCGAGCGGCGAUUACAGCAAAUCCUGCCUCGGAGCUGGAGUGGCUAUAGGGAGCAGUGCCCUGGGUAACCAGCCAUGAUCGCCACUGGAGGCCUCCUGAGGAUCUCAGCUAGGAAACAGGAUCCCUUGCGACCACAAAGCCAAAUCCCCAAACGCAAACGUAAGGCCAAGAAGAAACGCAAAAAUGAUGUUGUGGUUGUGAAAGGCAAGCUCAAGCUGUGCUCCAUCUCAGGGCUCAUCGCCCUCUGUGGCAUUCUAGUACUGCUAGUGGGCAUCGCCUUGGCUGUUGUGGGCUACUGGCCCAAACCCAGCCAGGUAUACAGAGAAGUUGGUGGGGGCAGGCACGUGGCCCCUAAGGGUGGCACCCCCAAGAACCGCUCCCAGAACCAGGAAGGGGCACAAGCUGAGAUCUACCUGGAGUCACCUCCCAGAGCCAACUCCACCGCUGCUACCAGCCAGGAGUUCCCGCAGUCCCGUCCCACUUCCUCAUCCCCCCAGGCUUCAGUGGGUUUCCUUUUCCGUCUUUUCUCAAGCUACUUGCAUUCAGACAAGCUGAAGGUGUUGGGCCCCCUCAUCAUGGGUAUUGGCAUCUUCCUCUUCAUCUGUGCCAAUGCAGUACUGCAUGAGAACCGUGACAAGAAGACCAAGAUCAUCAACCUGCGUGACCUCUAUUCCACUGUUAUUGAUGCCCACAGCUUGCGGGCAAAGGAUGGGGGUGCCUCAGCUCCUCUUAAUGGCUUUGUCAAUUAUGUGCAGUCACGGGGCCUGGAGCUAAAGCCUAGUGGUGAAGGCUUGGGUGCUGCGGCUAUGCUGGCCAAGAGCUCUUGGCCGCCAGGGCUGGCUGCCUCCUUUUCCCCACCUGACCUAGCAUCCUCACCACGGCGUUCCUCCUUCUGCACCUUGCCGCAGCCUCCCAGCUUGGCUGAGGCUGUGUACAGCAUCUACCAGGAGCAUGCUGCCCAUACUGGCCGUACCUUCACCAGCCCACCCUGCAGCCCACCAGAGAGCUGGGGCCAGCGCAGCACAGCCAGCUCCAUUGUUGGAUCCUCAUUGAGUGCUUUCACUCUUCUGCCCUUGGCACAGAGUGGCAGAGGCGGAGGCUGGCGGAGGCCUCCUGGUGAGCGGGGAGCCCAGGAAAUCCCACGGGGAGAGUUUGAACUGAGCCUGACUGACCUCAGCCACGUCGAGGGAGGCUACAGGACAAGGAGGCACAAGCUGGUUCUCAGGCGGCAGAGUACCAGCUGCUUGCCUGAUGUCAGGCGUCCCCUUUCCCCUGAGCCACCUCGGUCUUCAGCUGUCAGGGGAGGCCUGGACUCCAGCCUCUUGGUGUCUUCUAGCCACUCCAGAUCUCUGGACCUGGGGGAAUCACCUCCCUCAACUCCCCCUGCCAUCACCAGGAUGGACUCCCAGAGCUCACAGUCUGAGCCUUCCAGCAGCAAUAAGGGCUACAGUCACCUGGAGGAGGCCGGCACCUCCUUGGAGUCAGUUGCCAACACCCCAGCCAGUAAAAUCCAGGACUGUGAGGAGGAACCAGUUGAGAAAAUGGACCCCCUCAAGGCUACCAGCACAGAACAAACAGGGGAGCAAUCUCAGCAAAUUCAAAGACAGUACACAAAGAAAGAGAAACUCUUUAUGAUUUCUAGGUCGCACGCUGCAUUAGGGCUGGAGGAUGGGGAGCUGGAAAGUACUGGCAUCUGAAAAACCAAGAAGCUGCAAGGACACCUUGCAACCCUCCACACCUUUCCCCCUUCUCUAUCUUUUUGUGGACUUAGGAAACCAGUCUAUAUCCAAAGAGCUGCAGUAUGCUACCCUUGAAAAUCUGAAUUCAGUAAAUCCUGUAGAUGACUUCAGGAAGAAAAUCCUUCUGUCCGAUUGUAUGUUCCAUGCAAGCCAAAUUGUAUUAAAUAUCCACAGUCCAGCAAGUUUUUGGGAUCAGCUUAAUACAAUUUCGGACAGUAUAACCGUGCACUUUAAUUGUCUUGAUUUCCAAGUGCUCCUUCUCCUCCAAUUUCUUUCUUGCUGAUUUGCCACUAACUGCUUGAAAACCACAGGCACUUUUUUUAAGCUCAAGAGCACAGUGGUCUUUAGAUUAAGAAAGCUGAGCUCUCUCUUUGUUUUGGUUCAAUCACUAAAAAGUUUGCAAGGCCUUAAGGAUGACGUACCUUUACAAAGAAGGAGUUUGCUUCAAUUUUGGAAAAAUGACGAUUUAGAACAGAAUAGAGCAGAACAGAGUGUUGAUAAUUUAGUUAAAACCAUAAUGUUCUUCAAUCCAAAAUACCUACUAUGAUGUGAUACUUUAUCAAGUAUUAUUACACAUGUAUUGAGUAAUAGCAUUAAAAGAUUUUUUUUUUAAAUAAAACAUUUGCAAACAAAACUGAGAGAUGAAACGUAUUUUAUUUUGGUAAGUAUCUAUGGAUGCCAUAAACCUCUGUUUUUGUACUAUGAAUGAUUAGAGAGAUGCUACAAGGCCAAAGGUUUGCUUAUGCUUUUAAGUGGAUAAUAAUCGCGUAGGAGUAAUUUCAAAAUAAACAGUGGUUCUGA